CUCCAUCGGUUUGAGCUGCAUCUUGGCGAGUCGCCGAAGGAGCCACGAACCGGAGAAGAGGAAAAACAGCGAGCGGAGCCGCCCAGGCUGCCUCUAUAAAGCGCCGGCCUGACGCACUGUGGGUGCCUGCGCGGGGGGAGCAGGGGCAAAACCAAGCGAGGGGAAAACCGUCGGUCGUGGCCAAUUGGGCACGAAUCCCCCCUUACGCAGUGCAGAGUGGUACGGCCGGGCCCCCAAACCUUGCAGUCUGACUUGCGGAAAGAUGACCUUCAUGGAAAAUGAGAAAGAACAUUAGUGAAAAGAGCUCAAUGGAUGAAUUACACGGAGUCUGAGCCAUUAACUCAACCUUGAUUGACAGAACUCAACCUACAUUAACUCAACCUUGCCUUGGACAGAAGAUACAAUGUGGCCCUAAGCAUGGUUUGGGAGAGAAGAGACUUUAUAGCAAGAAUGCAAGCCAGGGGAAUCGGAGUCACUUGCUUGCACUGCUUCCUCGUUCAUCCUCAGGACCCAUUAAAGAUCUUUAUCAAGCAUCUUCUGUGAUAAACUUGAAACAAAGCAGCAGCAAGUAUCAAGUAACAACAAAGAAUUAUACACCAUAUAAUUUUAUGUAAGAGGUGCAACAAAAGCAUGUGACAGGCUCUGGAACCAAGAAGUGAGCCAUUAACGGUGGUAGACUCAAGGAAGAAUCUUGGACCCUGAAGACAGAAGGUCUUGAAAAGUGGACAAGGUUGGAGCUGCUCUGGGGCACUGCUGUGGGCUGUAGUCGAGCAUGCUGUGGUCGGAUCUGCCCAGCUGUGGAACAGAAGCAUUUGCUGGAUGGAAAAUCCAUAAAAGAAAGCUCCUCUGAAAAGACAGACCAGAGCUUAAGCAAAAUCAGAUGUAUUUGGCUGCCUGACCUCACUGAGUGAUUGCUCAAUUAACAGACUUUGUGGGCAAAAGGAGCUUGCCUUCUGAGCUUUGUACCAAAGACCUGGGCAAACUAACCCUCUGUCUUUCCCGAGUACUUGGAAACUGCCGAGCUCCCUGCUAAUGUGCUGACUGGUCACUAUGGGCAGACAGUACCUGGAGGCUCCCUGUCACCCAGGCAGCUCAUAUUUCAAAUUAUAACCCAUUUCCUGCACCAUUGCUGGCGUCCAGUGAUCCAUGUCAGAAGUACUUCCAGCUGACUCAGGUGUCGACACUUUGCCGGUGUUUAUGGCCAGCAGCGGAACCACAGACGUCGCAAAUCGGAACAGCCCGGUCACACCACCAAAUACCCUUAAUCUCCGUUCCUCCCACAAUGAACUUUUGAAUGCUGAAAUCAAGCACACAGAAACCAAGAACAGCACGCCCCCCAAAUGCAGGAAAAAAUAUGCACUGACUAGCAUCCAGGCGGCCAUGGGCCUCUCGGAUCCAGCUGCUCAGCCCCUACUGGGAAAUGGCUCUGCCAACAUCAAGCUGGUGAAAAAUGGGGAGAACCAGCUCCGGAAGGCUGCGGAACAAGGGCAGCAGGACCCCAACAAAAACGUCAGCCCCACUGCAGUCAUCAACAUAACUUCUGAGAAGUUAGAGGGGAAAGAGGCACCCCCUCGGGAUUCCUCGGGCUGUGAAAUUUUACCUUCCCAACCCAGGAGAACCAAGAGCUUUCUAAAUUACUAUGCAGACCUGGAAACCUCAACCAGAGAACUUGAGCAGAACUUAGGCAACAGCCAUGGGGAUGUAGAAGAGAAGUCCCAGGCAGGCCAGGGCCAGGCCAGCACCGUCAUCAGCAAUGGUGAUUUGCUGCUGCAGAAACCAAACAAACCCCAGUUCAGCCCUGAAGAUGGCCAAGUAGCCACCGUGUCAUCCAGCCCAGAGACCAAGAAGGAUCAUCCGAAAACAGGGGCCAAAACCGACUGUGCACUACACCGGAUCCAGAACCUGGCACCCAGUGAUGAGGAGUCCAGCUGGACAACGCUGUCUCAAGACAGUGCCUCACCCAGUUCCCCGGAUGAAACAGCAGAUAUAUGGAGCGAUCACUCAUUUCAGACUGAUCCAGAUUUACCACCCGGCUGGAAAAGAAUCAAUGACAUUGCUGGAACCUAUUAUUGGCACAUACCAACAGGAACGACUCAGUGGGAACGCCCUGUCUCCAUCCCAGCAGACCUUCAGGGUUGUAGGAAGGGGUCACUUAGUUCUGUCACGCCAUCUCCUACCCCAGAGAAUGAGAAACAGCCAUGGAGUGAUUUUGCUGUUCUGAAUGGGGGAAAGAUUAAUAGUGACAUUUGGAAGGAUUUGCAUGCAGCCACAGUUAACCCAGACCCCAGUUUAAAAGAGUUUGAGGGAGCAACCCUGCGUUACGCAUCUUUGAAACUCAGAAAUGCCCCACAUGCUGAUGAUGAUGAUUCUGGUAGCAUCAACAGUGACCCAGAAGCCAAGUGUUUCGCUGUGCGCUCCCUGGGAUGGGUGGAGAUGGCCGAGGAAGACCUCGCUCCCGGUAAAAGCAGCGUCGCUGUCAACAACUGCAUCAGGCAGCUUUCCUACUGCAAAAAUGACAUCCGAGAUACAGUGGGCAUUUGGGGAGAGGGGAAGGACAUGUACCUGAUCCUGGAGAACGACACGCUGAGCCUGGUGGACCCCAUGGACCGCACAGUGCUCCACUCGCAGCCCAUCGUGAGCAUCCGCGUGUGGGGCGUGGGGCGCGACAAUGGCCGAGAUUUUGCCUAUGUAGCAAGAGACAAAGAUACAAGAAUUUUGAAAUGUCAUGUAUUUCGAUGUGACACACCAGCAAAAGCCAUUGCCACAAGUCUCCACGAAAUCUGUUCCAAGAUUAUGGCCGAGCGGAAGAAUGCCAAAGCCCUGGCCUGCAGCUCCUUACAGGAAAGAACCAAUGUGAAUCUCGACGUGCCCUUGCAAGUAGAUUUUCCAACACCAAAGACUGAGCUGGUCCAGAAGUUCCACGUGCAGUACUUGGGCAUGUUACCUGUAGACAAACCAGUCGGAAUGGAUACCCUGAACGAUGCCAUAGAGAGUCUCAUGACCUCAUCCAACAAGGAGGAUUGGCCAUCGGUGAACAUGAAUGUGGCCGAUGCUACUGUGACUGUCAUCAGUGAAAAGAAUGAAGAGGAAAUCCUUGUGGAGUGUCGUGUGCGAUUCCUGUCCUUCAUGGGCGUGGGGAAGGACGUCCAUACCUUUGCCUUCAUCAUGGACACUGGGAACCAGCGCUUUGAGUGCCAUGUUUUCUGGUGUGAGCCCAACGCUGCUAACGUGUCAGAAGCGGUCCAGGCUGCCUGCAUGUUACGAUAUCAGAAGUGCUUGGUAGCCAGGCCGCCUUCACAGAAAGUUCGACCACCACCUCCGCCAGCAGACUCAGUGACCAGAAGAGUCACAACCAAUGUAAAACGAGGGGUCUUAUCCCUCAUUGACACUUUGAAACAGAAACGCCCUGUCACAGAAACGCCAUAGCUUCCCAUGUGAGAGGAUUCUGUACUCUGUACCUGAAGAUUGAAGAGCUACACUAAAGAAGAUGAACUGCUCUCCGGCCUUCCAUCCAGUUGCUGAUGCUUUGUCUUCAGAGAAUUUAUCGUUAACCAAACAGUGUUAGACAAGCAUGUUCUCUCAUCUUGCCUCCAUCACAUGAUAUGAAAAGAAGCAUGACUAAAUUUUUUUUGCUGUCAGUAAGUUACAUCAUGAACAGUGGAAGGUCUCUUUCUUAUUGUAAAUAGCGUGACCAUUACUUAACAUCACACACACAGAGAAGAAUGUGGCCGCACCCCUCCCAGUGAGCGAAUGUCGAGUCCUCGGAGUGAAUGACGCCUGACUUCGUUUCUCUGUCCUCUUGACUGGAUCUGUCAUGAGCAACUCUUACGUCCUACAGCACUUUGCCCUGUUUCCAGUAUUGGAGUAGACACUGCAUAGCAGAUACCACUGAAUUGCUGUAAAAAUAGGAUGGUGACUUUUUUGUUUCAGUUUUUCAUAAAAUUGAACCUUUCGGUUGACAAACUUGGCUGUUGGCAUUGAUACAGAAACCAACUGGCAGCUUUCCUUGAUGAGCGCUUUGACACCUGGAUACCAUUUCAUGUCUACAGCUGUUUGUGGGAUGUUGGAAGAAAGUGAAAACUGAAAAACUAAAUUUGAGAAAUUAAAAUCGAACAAAAAAUAGCCUUUCUUUGCAGAGAAAGAUUUAACAAAAUCAUAAUGCAUUUCGGGUGGGA